AUGAACGAAACCAUUAAGCCAUUACCUAAUCCCCCAGUCAAUAAAUCUAGGCCUACUAGUCCUGUACGAAAGGCAGACAAAGCGCAACAAGAUGGUGAUGAUGAAGAGUUCGAAUUUUUCAAUGACUUUGAGCGUGAUAAAGUUAAAGGAGUUAUUCAUUUAAUUACGGCCUCAUUGAAAGAAAAGGCAAUAGACGUAGAAUAUUUGAUGAUCCCAUUUAGACCAGAGCAGACAAAUGAAAAACUAUUGCGGUUCCUAAAUGAAAUAUUCCCGCAGGGAAAUGGAGUGCCAGUAAAUGAUUCCCUCCAAGCAAAAAUUAUCUCAAAGACAAACGAAUGGACUCUAUUCCAAUCGUUGAAAUACAUCUGGGCAAGAUUGCCAAAUUCUGAAGUUAUUGGGUGGCAAGCAUAUUUGGAGUUCAAGCUGAGAGAGGCUGAGAAAAACUUUCCACAAAAAGCCUUUUUAGAAAUUAUGCCCCAAUGUCUUGAUUCUCCUCAUCAUGCAUCGAUUGUUUAUGAUUUUUUCGAUCUCAUUGUAACGAUAGCGUCAAAUGCCAAAGUUAAUAAGUUAAGUGCCAGAAAAAUCUCAAAAAUGUGCGCAAUAUGGGCCUUUGAUAAACCAGUUCAUGUUAACAAAGGAAAUGAUUUAGAUUUUGAUUCUAAAACGCCAAUAAAUCCAGAAAAGAAGUCCAACAAUUCAUUACAGGACGGUCUUGAUCAAUGGAUUCCGGGCUCUGAUGCAAUGUUCCACUUAUUGCUAGCGUUCUUGAAAAGUUUUAUUACAAAUGAUUUAGAAACUUCAAAGUUACCAAGAUCACUGAAGAGCGUACUUUUUAAUAAUGAUUAUCCUCCAGAGGGUUCUACUGCAUAUUCCUCGGAAACUAUUCUUACUAUUCCACUGGUUACAUUAUAUACUGAUGACUUCUCAAGGAAGCCAUGGCAGCUGUUGGAAAGAUGCAAUGACCUUUUAGAUUUCUCAAAUCAUGAUGCUUUUGAAGCUCGUGAAGAUUAUGCCCUACUAAAAUCUCUAUUCAAGAAGAAAAAUAACGUUGAGGGGAUAAGUAGGAAAAUGUCACAAGAAUCUAGAAGAAUAAUGAAAUUAAUGUCAACAAAACAUUCUACCCUUCAAGCAGGUUGGGCUCGCAGAAGACCGCUAGAAAAUAUUCAUGAAUUGGAUGAAUUUAUUCAGGUGAAAAGGGUUGAUAUUGAUGACUAUUUUAUCUGGACUUGGUUAUCUUCAUUAUCCUAUGAACAAACUUCGCAAAAGAAAAAAAUAUUUGGCAGAUCGUUAAUAUUAGAAUUUGAAUUUGAUGGUUUCAAAAAAUGGGUAGUUUUCCAAGAAUGUGAUAUUACUCUUGCCUACAAUAGUCAGAGCCAGUUAAAGAAGCAGAUUGAAAGUAAUAAGCGGGAAGAAGUGUCGACAACCGAACCAGAAGAGCAACACGGUGCGCAAGAAGGAUCACCCUCUUAUUUGAUCGGGAAAUCUCCAACAGCUGUUUCACCGAUUCAAAUUGAACAACAGUCUAAUCCCGGAGCUUAUCACACUGUUAUAAGCAAAGAUGUGCUCAACAAAAAUUCAGCGAAACAUAACAAAAACCUUCAUGUAUUUGAGCAAAAACUCUAUAAAUGGAAUCCGCUCAAUAAUUUGAGAAAAAAAAGUAGUAGUAGCAAUAGCUCAUCGAUACAUGAAACUGCGUUACCAAAUGAGGUCCAAACAACGGCUGAAGUGGAUUAUAAUUACGAACUGCCUCCUGUAGAUACAGGAAAGAACUUCCAGGUUGAUAUAGCGAACGUGAAGGAGCUACCUUCUCAAUUCAGCAAAAGAGAUAAAUCAACUAAAGAUAAUAAUAACAAUAAUAAUAAUACAAUAGCUGAGAUAAAUGGUAUGGUUGAACAAAUGAUGAUAAAGGAUUAUGAAAAUGAACGGACGCCUGUGAUUGAACAAGAAACUUUCGAGAGUGUUACAAGGUUUGAUCACUACAAAUCUUCAAAUUUGAGUCAUAUGGAGUUUGAUGCAGCUAGUUCCAUAUCAAGUCCUAUUGAAUCUCUGAAGAUAAAUAAUCGUACAGAGGAGAGUAUAUCUGAGCCUAAAGCUUAUGCAAAGCCUUUGCCUCUUGUUGAUACGAAACGAAAAAACUCUCCUACACAGCCAAGCUCUUUACAAUAUGCUAUAUCCUCUUCUUCCCGGACGCCUUCACCACAGAGACCCAGAGUCCAACCACAGUUGCAACCUCAACCACAGCUACAAAUUCAGCCACAACCACAACCACAAUCACAACCACAGCUACAACCACAGCUACAAACUCAACCUCAACCCCAACCUCAACCACAACUACAACCACAAUUACAACCACAACCACAGAUUCAAACUCAAACUCAGCUUCAGCCACAAGUCCAGAUUCCCCCACAAGCCCAACCUCGUUCGCAGAUCCAAUUCCAACAGCAAGGUUCUUCUAAAACCACGACUAUACCGCAAGCACAGCCUCAAGCUUCUUCAAUCCAAUUUCAACAAUAUGAGGGCACAAAUAGUGAAAUUCAGUACAUACAACCUCAGUGCUUGUCAGAACAGAAAGCAUCUACAACUUCAGACCUUUCAAUAAAAGAAGAAUUCUCUAGUGAUUCUUUCAAUCCAAAUAGACGAACUAAUCCACAACAUUCCCCUAUGAGGAAUAUUCAGAAAAACGGGUUGUCACCCUCACCAGUCCUAGAAAGACAAGAUGUGAGUCCAAGGCACCAACAGCCAAUUAUGCAAUCACCUUCAAGCCAACCAAUUCUUAAAUCACCCUCUCCGCCUUUGAACCAACUUCCACCAGCGCAACUCACAAAUGGCUAUGCACAAUCACCAGUAGCGUCAUCACAAGAUAUGUACUUUUCACCAUCUAAUCUACAAUCUGUCUUGCCGGUUACGAAUAUUUCACCUCAAGCAAGACAGGAAAAAUUCUUACCUGUGAUGCAGGCUCAGGCUUAUCCUUAUAAUAAUUUAACGCCCAUAGUUAGGCAGCAAAAGCAAGGUACGAACGUUGCGUCACAAAAUCAAUAUGCGCAAGUUCAACCUUCUUAUCUUACUAAACGCCAACAGCAUGCAUCUCCACAGGCAUACAACCAAGGACGUCAUCAGCAGCCCUACAUGAUGAAUCCACAGAGUUACAACCAAGGUUACUACAAUAACUAUCCUCAAGGACAACCAAUGCAACCGGCACAACUGGUUCAGCCCCUUCCACCGUCACAGCCAAUCCAGCAAGCUCAAAACUACGCAGGUUAUGUGCAUUCAACCCCACCACCAGUAAAUAUUCCAGUUGCAUCGUUUAGUGCAAACAGAUUGCAUGGUAAUACAAACAAGAGACAAGAUAGGAAAAAAUUAUACGAUAAUAUACGUAGUGGUAAUUUUGGUAUAUAG